AUGAUCAUUGCCCUGUUGGUCUGGGCCUACCAUGUGUUCAUCGUGCAAAUCUGUUUAUAUCGCGUGGAGAGCUAUGUGGAGGUGGCCUUCUUACUGAUAACCUUCCAUGUGCUGCUUGUUAUGUUCAUUUGGACGUGGGGUAAGUGCAUCAUAACUGACCCAGCUCCCAUACCAAGUCAAUGGAAAAUAUCCGACGAGGAUGUGGCCAGACUAAAGCGCACCGAGAGCUCCGAGGAAAAGUCACGCAUUUUGAGCCAAAUAGCCAAGAGCUUACCCAUCAAGAUGUGCACGAAGUCGGGAACUGUGAGGUAUUGCGACAUCUGCCGGAUCAUAAAGCCGGACAGAGCCCAUCACUGUUCAACGUGUGGGCAGUGCGUCCUGAGGAAGGAUCACCAUUGCCCCUGGGUUAAGAACUGCGUCCACUUCCACAACACAAAGUUCUUCGUCGUCUUCCUGGUCUACGCCGAUCUCUUUCUGGUCUACCUUCUCCUUGUGAUGCUCUACUACUUGUUGUACCUGGAAGGUUUCGAUUUUGACAUCGUGGGCUACUCUCCGACUAAGAUGUGGCUCAUGGUGCAGCAUGUCGUCAUCAUUUCCUUCUCCCUGUGUGUCUUGGUCAUGACCAUGGUCACCCUUUCCCAUUUCCUCAAAAACCAAACCUCUGUGGAAGCUGUGUAUGCUCCGUACUUUUACGAAGGCGGCAAAAACAAAAACGCCUACAACCUGGGCGCUAAGCAGAACUUUCUGGAGGUCUUUGGCAGCAAAUGGUAUCUCUGGUUUCUCCCAGUGUACACAACUGUCGGGGAUGGAAUCACAUUCCCGAUGGCCCAACAAGACCUCAAGAAAGUCAGAGUCGACGGUGGAAGGGAUGAGGAUCAAACGACCAGGAUUCAAAUUGUCAAAGACAAUGCUAGGAAAAUGCUAGGAAUUCAUGAUCUAAAUACUGACGAUGCGUAA